AUGGUCAAGAAAUCCAAGAAACGAUCGUUUGGAGAAAUCACAAAACGAGAAUAUGCCUCUAUACAAUUUGAAGAAAGAGAGCCUAUCAACCAUCCGAGAUCGCCACACAGCUUCUUUGAAACAUCACAUAACAUCAAGUUUUCUGAUUGCAGAAAUUCAUUUGAGAUGCAACAAGUGGUUCACAAGCAUCGCAAUGAUCUUUGCAUAGUGACCGCAGGGGGAAAAAUACCGCCGAAUGUUAAGUCCAUACAUUUUGUAGCUUGCGAAGCACCUGCAUUUAGUGCUGCCCAAAAGCGAAAACGCCAGACCAAGAUGCUGCAGGGGCAAAAGUUGGAGGACGCGGUUUCACCUUCUACGACUUUGGUGGAAUUGGAGCUUGAAUCCGGCGAAAAAAUUGCUCUGAAGGCCUGUGUGUUUGGUACGAUCAUCGAGUUGAAUAAGAAUCUAACACCUGAGGUGCUGAAGGACGAUCCUUUGCUUGAUGGCUUCCUCGCUAUCAUCCUCCCAAGUGGCAGCUUUCCCCCACACGAAAAUCAAGAUCAAGCAGCAACAGAAUCUUCACACGAAGCACGAAGUAAAACGAAGGACAAUGCUACAACAGAAAUCGAAGCGUAG